UCAUCAUACGACAUACAUAUUUCUGUCACGCAUGCCACGCUGCUGCGCCUGCUCAGUUUACCACAGACUGUUCAGUGACAAAUGUACCACUAUCCCGUUAGAUGUAGGAAGCCCGUGUGCUCCAGUAUAUACCCCACUGUAGACUUCGCGGCUAUUGUUGUGAUUCCGCGAUUUGGUGACAGCUCCAGUGGAUCAAAAAUUCCAGGAGCAACCGAAUAAUGAGAAGAGGGAAUUACAAUAUUUCUACUGCACGGAUAGCGCAGAGAGAUAUCCACAAUAAAAGAUAUUGACAUGAAGAAAGACAUUGAGACGUUGAUAGCAGAGGAACGCGCUGACAUCAUCUUGAAAUAUGAUACGGGCAGACAGGAGGGGGUGGAGAUUGACCCCUGGGAGGAUGCAGACUACAGUAUUUACAGAGUCACUGACCGUUUCGGGUUUCUGCAUGACGAGGAUCUGCCAACCCCUAGUGCACACGAGGAGAAGAAAAAGAACCUGGAAAUUGAAAGGGUAGAAAAAUGGCUGAAGAUGGUGAAAAAAUGGGAUAAAUACUGGAACAGUGACAGGAUGAUAAAGCGUGUGUAUAAGGGUCUCCCCCUGCAGCUGAGAGGCCAGGCCUGGGCCCUGAUGCUGGAUGUGGAGAAGGUGAAGAAUGAGAACGAGGGGAAGUAUGAGAGGAUGAAGGAACAGGCCAGAAUGUUCUCCCAGGAAAUCAAACAGAUCGAUCUGGAUGUGAACAGGACGUUUAGAAACCACAUCAUGUUCAUGGAUCGAUUCGGAUUCAAACAGCAGUCUUUAUUUAAUGUCCUGUCUGCCUAUUCAGUCUACAACACGGAGGUGAGCUACUGCCAGGGCAUGAGCCAGGUCGCCGCCUUGCUGCUGAUGUACAUGAACGAGGAAGACGCCUUCUGGGCCCUGUCACAGCUACUGACCAAUCAGAAGCAUGCCAUGCACGGUUUCUUUAUUCCUGGGUUUCCCAAACUGCAGCGCUUCCAGACGCACCACGAUCAGAUUCUCUCCAAACUCAUCCCCAAGCUGAAGAAACAUCUGGACAGGGAACAGAUGUCCUGUGGGAUCUACAGCACUAAAUGGUUCCUGCAGUGUUUCAUUGACAGGACCCCGUUCACCCUGACUCUACGCUUGUGGGACAUCUACAUUCUGGAAGGAGAGAAACUUCUUACUGCCAUGUCCUACACAAUCCUUAGAAUAUUUAAGAAACGUCUCCUGAAGAUGAAUCUGGAGGACCUGAGAGAGUUCCUUCAGGAGAAGAUCGCCCUGUCUUUCCUCUACAGCGAUGAUGUCAUCAUCGAUCAGCUGCAGGCCUCCAUGGCGGAACUACGCAAGAUGAAGCUGGACCUUCCACCCCCAGCCAAGCCAGAUGAGCUGCCACAGAAGGCCCUGGGUUUGGAGCUACCUGUUCUGCUCACCCCUCUCAAGCCCCCCAUGGGAGUCACCCCUGACCAGGGAACCAAACGACCAGGAGCAGGGGGUCUGGGUCUCCACAUCAUCACCUACCAGCCAGACGUUAUCUCCAUAGACGACAGCCCCUCUAAGGAGGACAGGAAGGACAAGGAAGCUCUCAAUAGGGAGGAAGAGGAUGAGGAAGAAGUCUCCCUUCCAUCUCCAGAUCCCAUUCUCAUCCACACCAUCCAGGCUCAAGUAACCCCCGAUGGGCCUCCCCAGGCUGGGGCUGGGCCACCACCUUAUGAGCCACCAGGGGGUAAUGAGCCCAAUGUUAUGGGACAACCUGCCAUUCUUAUGGCACUCCACAAAGAAAAAAGUGUUGAGAGCUCCUCUGGUCCAGUGGCUUUACCAGAGACACAGGUUGUAGAUCAACAAGGUACAAACACACCUCCACAAAGCCCCAUGGACGAGCCGACCCUGACUGCCCCAGUUGCCCCUUCAUCCCUUAGCCCUCCCCAGCCACCCUGCAGGGUCCCCGGACUCAGUCAGCACCCUUAGCCCAGGCUUCCCAGCGGCCUACGGGCCUGGCCCAGAGUGAGAGCCGUUCGGUGGGGGAGAGGGCGGAGGAUGGGUACCUGGCCAGGCUUCUGGAGCAGGCCAUGGCUCUGCCUAAACACAGGGCCCAGACAGGAGACAAAGGAGAGCCAGGAGACCCAGAAUGGCCAGUUCGAUUCUAGAGCAUUGCAAAGCAUUCAAAGUCACCCCUUGUUGUCUACAAGACAGACAUUGCAGAAACAUAGUGUUAUGUUGUAGGAAAAGCUGCCAUUGUGGAGUUCCAAGAGACAGUGCCACAUUCUCUCCCAUCAUAGUGAAAGGAUUACAGCUUACUUCAUUUUAGUAGUUUUGUAAUAUUCUAACAAUGGACAUUGUUUGCUUAGAGAGCCUUUGUAAAAUAUUUGCUAGUAUAGUUUUAUUUUUGUAUGUGGACACCUGCUUGUCGAACAUCACAUUCCAAAAUCAUGAGCAUUACUAUGGAGUUGGUCCCCCCCUUUGCCUCCACUCUUCUGGGAUAGCUUUCCACUAGAUGAUGGAACAUUGCUAUAGGGACUUGCUUCCAUUCAGCCAUGUGCAUUAGUGAGGUCGGGCACUGAUAUUUGGCGGUUAAGCCUGGCUCGCAGUCAAUGUUCCAAUUCAUCCCAAAGGUGUUUGAUGGGAUUGAGGUCAGUGCUCUGUGCAGGCCAGUCAAAUUCUUCCACACCGAUCUCGACAAACCAUUUCUGUAUGGACCUCGCUUUGUGCACAGGGCAUUGUGAUGCUGAAACAGGAAAGGGCCUACCCCAAACUGUUGCCACAAAGUUGGAAGCACAGAAUCGUCUAGCAUGUCAUUGUAGGCUGUAGCGUUAAGGGGCCUAGCCCAAACCAUGAAAAACAGCCCCAGACCAUUAUUCAUCCUCCAUCAAACUUUACAGUUGGCACUAUGCAUUUGGGCAGGAAGCGUUCUCCUGGCAUCCGCCAAAACCAGAUUCGUCUGUCGGACUGCCAGAUGGUGAAGCGUGAUUCAUCACUCUAGAGAAUACAUUUCCACUGCUACAGAGUCCAAUGGUGGCUAGUUUUACACCACUCCAGC